UUUUUUGGGGGUUUGGUUAAGGAGAAAACUUCAUCGUCUCGUUUCUGAGAAAUAUAAAUCGAAAGAGAGAGCGAGAGAGGAGAAGUGUAUCCGUGUGUUUAUCUCUAAGUUUAAUCAUCACAAUGGAAGGGAUCACAGAAGGAGUUAACAACAUGAGCUUGGCCGUUGAUUCACAGAAGAAGAAUCGGAUUCAAGUUUCAAACACUAAGAAACCAUUGUUCUUUUACGUCAAUCUCGCUAAGAGGUACAUGCAGCAGUACGCAGAUGUGGAGUUGUCUGCACUUGGAAUGGCCAUUGCUACGGUUGUUACCGUUGCUGAGAUAUUGAAGAACAGUGGCUUUGCGGUUGAAAAGAAGAUUAUGACCUCGACUGUGGAUAUCAAGGACGGUGCAAGGGGUCGUCCUGUGCAGAAACCCAAGAUUGAGAUAACGCUCGCCAAGUCUGAGAAGUUUGAUGAAUUAAUGGCUGCGGCCAACGAAGACAAGGAGGCUGCAGAAGCUCAAGAGCAGAACUGAAAUCUUUUUUUUUGUGUGUUUUGUCGACGAUCUAAUUAUUCUGUUCCUUGUCUCUCUCUGUUAAAACACUUUUGAUUUAUUUUAAUUUUGGCUCACUUUGAAUGUUAUCGUGGAUUGUGGUGUUCUCUGUACCUGUGAACGUUUUUAUUUACAGAUCGUAUCGUAGUAGGUGUCGACAAGA